UGACGCAAGUUCGGUCCUGCGGGAGCUGUUACUGAAGGACGCAAGGUGGCGCCAGAACUAAUGCCAGACACUGAUACAGUCUAGAUGACAAAGGGUGUUUUAUGACAGCUAAACUACAACUCCCAGCAACCCUUACUGUAAUAUCCGGAAGAGAAAAAUCCGGCAACUGAGGGUUCACAGCUGCUGCAAUAGACGAUAUUCAGCACGCGAGCUGCAGGAGAGAAAGGAGAUGGGCGGAAGCGAGCCCCAGCCAGGCUUUAGAUGACGUCGCGCCUGCCAGGGCCGCCCACUUCCUGCCCUGACCAGAGAGCUCAACUCUGAGCUCCUGCAGCUGUGCAACAAAAGAAGAAUAUUCUACCUGCAAAGCUAAAAAAAAAUGAUCAGUGGAGAAGCAAAGUAUUGGAAAUGGGAAUUGAUAUGCUUUCUACUGUAGAUAAAACCAGCACAGGGAUCUGGAAAUGGCUAAAGAAGAGGCUGAUACUCUACAUGAGAGAGAAGGGACAUGUGAAAAUGCAGUCAACACUAGGAAGCAAACUACUCAAACUAGAGAAAAAAAGUACAGUGGACAAAAACAAUGCCAGUGUAAUGAUUGUGGAAAAAGCUUCACACGGAAGUCGUCCCUUAUUGUACACCAGAGAAUACACACAGGGGAGAAGCUUUUUAUGUGCUCAGAGUGCGGUAAGAGAUUUGGCCUCAAGUCUUCCAUGGUCCGACACAUGAGGACUCACACUCCAAAGGUUCAAAAAAUCUGUCCUGAAUGUGGCAAAUCUUUUAGUCGCUAUCCUAGUCUUUUUCAGCAUCAGAAAGUUCACAGAAGGGAAAGACUCUAUAGGUGUUCAUACUGUGAGAAAAGCUUCAUGCGAGCAUCACAAUUAUUAGUUCAUCAAAGAAUUCACAAACGGAGGCCACUGUCUGAAAGAGCCGACUGUGAGGAAAACAUACAUAACAUGGACAGACUCCGCACCCAGAAGAAUGUUGUAUGCCUAGAGUGUGGGAAAAGUUUUCAAGAGUACCAAUCUCUCAUGAGACAUAAGCAAUUACAUAAAGUAAAAUCUACUUCUACUGUCUCCACUGACAGAACUGAAGGAUUUGCAUGUGACAUGUCCUUUUAUGCAAAUGAACAUUAUAAUGCAUCACAAUCCUCUCAAACAGUAAAUGUUGUAGAACAAAUAACAGUUGGGCCAUUUUGUGCCGAGAAGAAAACUCUUGAAGUAGAAAAACGUUUUUUGUGUAUUGACUGCGGGAAAUGCUUCACACGGAAAUCAUCCCUUAUUGUACAUCAGAGAAUACACACUGGAGAGAAGCUGUUUAUGUGCUCAGAAUGUGGCAAACGAUUUGGUCUUAAGUCUUCUAUGGUCAGACACUUAAAAACUCACUCUUCAACAAUACAUCUCCAGCAGCAGAAGGUCCACAGAAGGGAGAAACUCCAUAAAUGUCCUCAGUGUGAGAAGAGCUUCUCUAGAGCUUCACAACUAAUAGCUCACGAGAGAAGCCACAAAGUAAAAGUAUGUUAUUCAAGGUCCAAAUCUGCAGGCCCUAGCCUCCGAAACAGUGAGACUGAUCUGUUCAAAGAUUCAAGUUUGGAAGAAUCCCAUAUAUGUCUUGAAUGUGGAAAGUCCUUCAGAAGGCAAAGUGCAUUUAUAAGACAUCAGAGAAUACAUAAAGGUAAUAGUUACCUAUAUACUCCCUACAAUGGAAAACAUAGUAAUUCCCAGUCAGUAAAUAAAGAUGACCUGGAAGCACCCAAGCAAGAAAAGUCUAUUGUUACAGAGAAUUCCAGUCUAUGCCUAGAUAAAAAAAGUUAUAUUGUGAUUAAGUAUGGAGCUAACACAGAUUCGAAAACCAGCAAGGAGGCAAAAAGCUUCUUGUGUAUUGACUGUGGAAAAUGUUUCACACGGAAGUCAUCCCUUAUUGUACAUCAGAGAACACACACAGGAGAGAAGCUUUUUAUGUGCACAGAUUGUGGAAAGAGGUUUAGCCUAAAAUCCUCAUUGGUCAGACACAUGAGAACGCACUCUCCAAAAAUCCUCAAUAUCUGUUCAGAUUGUGGCAAGUGCUUUACACGCUACUCCAGCCUCUUCCAGCACCAGAAAGUCCACAGGAGAGAGAAAUCCUAUAAAUGUCCUCAUUGUGAAAAGAACUUUUCUCAAGCUUCACAACUUCUGUUUCAUCAGAGGACACACAAAGUAGAGAAGGCCCAUCUAAAUUCAGAGACUGGAGAAGAUUCUGAUGUUCAGGACAAACUGAACUGUUAUGUAAGAGACAACUGUGCAGACGAGCCUCAUGUAUGCCUGGAAGACAGGAAACACUUCAUGGAAGAAAGUCUGUUGAGUGCACACAUAGGUAACAGUGAAUACUGCAGUUAUACAGAUCAGGAGCACAAUGCAAAUUCUGAAAUUCCACAUUUAGGUCUUGAAAUCAAUUGCAAACCAUCAGAAAUCAACUUGAAAAACUUGAAGUCACAAAAUAUUAUUUGUAAUGCAUUGUCAAAAGUAAUUGAGACUGAGAAAGUGGUGAACUUUGACUGUGCCAUAGAUAACUCCAUUUGUAAGCCACGAUUGUCCAGUAGCAAAAAGGCCUAUCAAUGUAUCCAGUGUGGGAAAAGUUUUACUCGAAAAUCUUCUCUUAUUGUCCAUCAGAGAAUACACACCGGAGAGAAACAUUUUAAAUGCACAGACUGUGGGAAGAGAUUUGGAUUUAAGUCCUCUCUGGUCAGACAUCUAAGAACCCACACUGGCCAGAUGUUUAAUGUCUGCUCGAAAUGUGGUAUAUAUUUCAGUCGAUACUGCGAUUUGUUAUUACACUUAGAAAAUCAUAUGGGGCAGUUGCAGUCUACUUGCAAUGCUUUGUCAAAACUAGAGGCAAACGAUCAGCAAUGCCAGCUUACCAUGCAGCAGCCUCUGAAUGCAAAUAAAGAUGAUGUGACAGUGCCUCUAAUGAAGAAACAAGAGUCAGGCAUACAAGAAAAGAACCAGAGACCUUAUGGUUCUGGAGAAGUACUACCUAAUGCCUCUACUGUAAAAACGUUUUUCGAUCCACUUUGUAAAGAAAAAUUAAAAGAAGGGUCACUUAAUGUAAAACAAGAGAAAUCUGAAAAUAUCUCUGCAGAUGGAGAGCCUAAUAAGAGCCAAAAGAAGAAAGACGUAUGCACACAUCCAUGCACUCUUUACAGUGGAAAUGAACUUAACAUUUUAGAAUCUUUCAUUAAAGGAUGUACAGAGAAAACUGAUCAAACUGGAAAUCAUUCAGAGCAACCUAUAUUAAAUGUGCUGAAUAAUCAUAAUUUAGGAGAAAGCAUCCAGAAUGGAUCUGAUAAAAGGCUAUGGAGAACUCAGUCAAAGGAAGAGCGCUUUUUGUGUUCAGAGUGUGGAAAAAACUUCACUCGGAAGUCGUCCCUUAUUGUGCACCAGAGAAUACACACAGGGGAGAAGCUCUUCAUGUGCACAGAAUGUGGCAAGAGGUUUGGACUGAAGUCUUCUAUGGUCCGACACAUGAGGAUUCACAACGUUAAAUAUUUUAAAUGCAUGGCAUGUGGGAAAAACUUCAGGGACUAUUCUAAGUUCUUGGAACAUCAGACAAGUCACUCAGGGGAGUUGCCCUAUACAGAACCACAGCUAUCAGUGCAUUAAGUUUCACAUAUAAAAGCAUCUGUAAUGAAAUGCACAACAUUGUUCACCUUUAUUCAGCAUAUUGUUGAUUUGUGAAGACAUGUAUUACAGUUAAUAACCUACAGACAUGGACUAAGCCAUCCUGAGUCAUCAUGAGUAAAGCCGUCCUAUGUGUUGUUUUUUUGCAAAAUAACCAAUAUUAAAGCUUGAAACUAUUAAGAUACAAUUGUUCCACAAAAGCCAUCGAUCUGGAGUCUUUUUGGCUGCACUGGCUACUGUAAUAUUCAGGUUCUCCUUCACCAUUUCACAUAUUUCACACCCCCUACAAUGAAUUUGAGAAGCUCAGAGGACUCGGAGAAGAGGUAAUUUGUGUAUUGAGUACAACUGUAAAUCGCCUAGAUACUGCGAUCAAAGGUGGCAUCUAAGUGGUUAAAUGUCACAUACAGUCACUUAUGAAUUCCAAUAAACCCCUGUGACUCAAUCACAGGGUGCCAAUCGUUUGUUAAGGGCUUCUGUGGUAGCCCCGAUUUUGUUCCUAUUAUGCACUGGAAGCAUAUGGUUUUGGCUGUACUUGGUACUUCAACUCAGUUUUAGUCUUUUGAAUUCUACUUGUACUGUACAGACUGUACUGUACUUGUGUAACAACAAAGGGGUCAUAGCAAAACCCCAACAAUCAAAUACUUAUAUUGAUGAUAUAUUCCUAUAAAUCCUUUCAGGUAGAACUCACUGUCAUAUAUGACAUUUUAAGUGCAGUAGAAUACAGUUUUGCAUAAUGUGUGUAUGAAGCCCAAAAAUUUGCAGGCAGUAUUUGUGUAUAAAGGUAAAGUAGGCCCCCAGAGCCAGUUCUACGGGCCCAACACUGAUUUAGUCUGCAAAAAUAAGUGACUUGUGUCUCCCCAGGACCAAUCCUAGGGUCAUGGACACCUAAGUGCAGGAUUCUUUUUUAAGGCUCAAAAGGAGACCCCGGGAGGGUGUGGCUAUCUUAAUUUUUCCAUCAACAGCUGUAUGUGAAGUGAAGUUGCAGUUUUAAUGCCAUCUCUCAUUUCAUCAUAUAGUGUAAGGCGAACCCCCCAAAAAAUAUUUGUGGGGUGAAAUAAAAUAAAAACACACAUUUCCAUAUUAUUGUGGUGCAUUAAUAUUUUUUGUGUUCACUGUGCAGUAAAAAUGACAAGAUAACGGUAAUCUUCAAGACAGUAUGAUUACAACAACACCAAAUGUAUAAGAAUGUUAUGGUUUACUAGUUAAAAAAUAAAAUGAAAAGAAAUUGAUUUGCAUCACCAUAUUCUGACCCCAAUAACCUUUUUUAUUCUUAUUCAUGGAGCCGUGUGACCCUCCUUUCUGCCAUAUGUUCUGUCCUUUUUAUCGCUACUAUGCUAAAGGAGAUAUCCAGGAUUGGAAAACUUAUCCCCUAUCCUAAGGAUAAGUUUCAGAUUACGAGGGGUCCGACUGCUGGGAAAAUGCACCCCCCCACCCCCCCGCGAUCACCCGUACGGGUCCUGGCUCUCCGGCCAGAUAGCGCGUGUCGACCACCAUAUGAAGAGGUGACAUGCCCCCUCAAUACAGCGCUAUGGCAGAGCCGGACAAUGCUGAACGCAGCGCUCCGGGCUCUCCCAUAGAGUUGUAUUGAGGGGACGUGUCAGCCACCGCUUCGUGCGGUGGUCAACACGUCCCCUGCCAGCAAACUGCCCAUACGGGAGAUCGCGGGGUAUCCCAGCUGUCGGACCCCGCACAAUCUUAAACUUAUCCCCUAUCCUAAGGAUUGGAGAUAUGUUUUCCAAUCCUGAAGUACUCCUUUAAGGUGACAUCAACGUUCACCAUGCAGAAUCAAUAAUAAUGUAUUUUAAUAGAAUUGAAAUUUUCACACAUGGUGGUAGCAAAUAUGUUAAUGUCUUAUGGGAAGGGCCAUUUUUACACUUUCUGUCAUUACAUAUACACACCUUUUUUGAAAGGCCCCAGAGACUGCAACACCUAAGCAAGAGGCAUCAGUAACCAAACACUGCCAUGAAGACCAAGGAACUCUCCAAACAUGUAAGGGACAAUGUUGUUGAGAAGUACAAGUCAGGGUUAGGUUAAAAAAAAAAUAUCCAACAGAAGACAAUAAGCCGUACGCUUUAUAGAGUUGGGCUUUAUGGCAGAGUGGUCAGAAGAAAGCCAUUACUUUCAGCUAAAAACAAAAAGGCAAGUUUUUAGUUUGCGAAAAGGUAUGUGGGAAACUCCCAAAAUGUAUAAAGGAAGGUGCUCUGGUCUGAUGAGACUAAAAUUGAACUUUUCGGCCAUCAAAGAAAAACUAUGUCUGGCGCAAACCCAACACAUCACAUCACCCAAAGAACACCAUCAUGCUGUGGGGAUGUUUUCCAACAGCCGGGACUGGGAAACUGGUCAGUUUUGGUGGAAAAUUGAAUGGUGCUAAAUUCAGGAAUAUUCUUCAGCAAAACCUGUACCACUCUGUGCAUGAUUUGAUGAUAGGACGGAGGUUCAACUUCCAGCAGGAAAAUUACCACAAACAUACUGCUAAAGCAACACUUGAGUGGUUUAAGGGGAAACAUGUAAAUGUGUUGGAAUGGCAUAGUCACAGCACAGAUCUCAAUCUGUAGUCAGACUUAAAGAUUGUGUUCACAAGCGCAAACCAUCCAACUUGAAGGAGCUGGAGGAGUUUUGCAAGGAGCGAUGGGCAAAAAUCCCAGUGGUAAGAUGUGGCAGCUCCAUAGAGACUUAUCCAAAGCGACUUGGAGCUGUGAUUGCCGCAAAAGUUGGCUCUACAAAGUAUUGACUUUAGGGGGGUGAAUAGUUAUGCACAUUGACUUUUUCUAUUAUUUUGUCCUAUUUGUUGUGUGCU